AUGGAACGACGUCUGCCCUUCGACGAUGUUGCCUGGGAAAAAAGCGAUGAUAUCGAAGAGUCCUGGGUAGAUUUUCUCUUUGCUGGAGAUGUCUACAAUGACAUUGGACAAUUUCUUGUCAAGCACAUAAGCCCUCAGAAAUGCGCCGAGUUCAAGCACCUUGACAAUGGCGGUUUCAACACUAGCUUCCUUAUGACUUUUACUGAUACCGAUACAGGCGGCGCUGUUUUACGGCUCCCAAUUGUUGGUGCUAUUAUGUUCCCUGAAGAGAAAAUUCGUAACGAGGUCUCUGUCAUGUAA